UUUCUUGUUCAACUCCGCUUCCGAGUUCCGACAAUCAAACACCACUUCGCCGCCUACUCUGUUCAGCUUAGCUGCUUACUACCGCAAUUGGAUGCCGGAGCCGGAGAUGCAUACGUCGAGUUUGAGUUUCUGUCAGAAUCUCGAAUCUAAUUCUCUCCUGCUCAGGUGAUACUGCUCUCGUUCUUCGAAAUCCUCGAGCUUCUCGAAUUUGAGAAUUAUGCUUCUUUGAUUCCUAGGGUUUGUUAGAAUAGCUAAAUCGGUUAAGAAAUUAGCGAAUUUGGGGUUAGGGUUUUGUUUUUUUUUGUUUUCCUUUCAUGGGUUCUUGUUCUGUGUAGUUGGGCAAAGAAUUAUAAGAAUUUGGGGAAUUAGGGUUUGUUAGGUUAGAUUCUACGAGAUGAAAGGAAGGUCGUAUCGGUUCUCAAGCACGGAGCAUCACGAGGAUUGGGUUGAUGGAUCCUGGACCGUCGAUUGCGUCUGUGGUGUGAAUUUCGACGAUGGAGAAGAGAUGGUGAAUUGUGAUGAUUGUGGGGUUUGGGUUCAUACUCGGUGUUCACGUUACGUUAAAGGAGAGGAGCUUUUCACUUGCGACAAGUGUAAGAGCAAGAACAACGUUAACGACAUCGAGGAGACCGAGGUUGCUCAGCUAUUGGUUGAAUUGCCCACCAAGACCUUGAGGAUGGAGAAUUCGUGUACUCGUAAUGUACCUCUGAAGCGUCCUUUUAGGCUUUGGACCGAGAUCCCGACAGAAGAGAAGGUUCAUGUGCAAGGAAUCCCUGGCGGUGAACCGUCUCUCUUUGAAGGGUUGUCUUCUGUUUUCUCCAGGGAGCUGUGGAAGUGCACAGGUUAUGUGCCGAAGAAGUUUAACUUCAAGUUUAGAGAGUUUCCUUGCUGGGAUGAGCAAGACAAGGAGGAGAACGGUGCAGGAGUUUUGUUUUCUAUGUCCAAGGAAAAUUUGAUUGCUGCUCCUGCGAGUGCUUUGGUUGCAAUGAAGAGCCUUGAUUAUAAAGGAAAGCUUGGUUGUGCAAAAGAUGGUAAUAGUUGGGACUCUGGCGAAGCGGAGAUGAGACGUUCCCAGGGUGGUAUGAAGAAGGAUAAGAGGUUGCUUCGUCCUUUGAUUACAAAUAAACGAAGAAAAGAACUGUUUGGAGCUUCCAAAGAGCGGAUGAAGAAGAAGGUUGACGUUGCAGACAAAGAAGAGGAUGGUGAUAAGAAAGGUUUUGUCUGUAAAACAGCGAAUCGACCUACCAGCAAUUCUAAACCAUCAGAAUCUCGUAAGGAGAUAGAACCAGAAGGUGUUACUAGCGACGUUGGGGUCACAAAGCUUGAGAAGUCCAAGAAAGCUGCUUUUGAAGGAUCUGCUGAUGGUGGCCUUGCUCAGAAAAUUGGCGGUGAUGAAUCUGGUAAUACAGAAAUUGGUGUUGAAUGCUCCAGAGAACAGAAUCUUUCUGACGUUCAUGCUAAUGGUGCUGGAAAACAGGAAGAGAAAGCUGGUCAUCAUUUCCGAAUUGUGCUUAAGAGCUCUGCAACUAAUGAUCUUUCCGUUGGCGGAGGAAAAGAUGUUCCAAACAAUGAGGCUAAUAAGGCGGAUGAGAGACAAGGGUCAAAAGCUGAUGCUCCAGAAGAUAAUGCAGUUAAUUCUCGUGAAAGUCUCCAGAAGCCUUCUUCUGGCUCCACGGUCGGUAUAACACGAGAAAUUGAGGAGAAAAUUUGUGAUGAUGUCUGCGGGAAAAUCGGUUCUAGGAACAAACUCCAAAAAGAACCUGCGGAUACUGGUACCGGUGGAUCCGGAGGUCACCAGACUCUGGAUCCUACUGUUUCUAAAGCUUCGGGGACCUCGAUAUCUCAAAUCUCUGGGGCUUCUGACUUAAACAAAAUGACACCAAGCAGUUCACUUCCUGAUGAUCACAAACCGCAGCCUCUUGAUACUGUAUCAGAAGGAAUAAGUAGUGGCAAUAAUGGUAGAAAUAUUGAAUUAAAGCGAGAACUGGUGGUUUCUGAAUCAGGAAAAGAUGUUUUGGAAACGAACCCUGGAUUUCAAGAGCCAUCAAAGCCUUGCAGACCUGUUCCGCACACAUUUUCAGUAUAUGGCAGACCUAAGAUGGUAGUAUGCAUUGGAAAACCAUCGUCUAGUUCAGCCGCGGAAAAGUCUACUAGGUGUGAUGACAACCCUAAGCCUUCAACUUCCAGAAAUUCUAUUCCUGGCUCGAAGCAACAACCAAGUGGUGGUGAUGCUAAUGCUAAUGCUAAUGAUGAGGACUGUGUUUCCAGUGAUGCGAUCCGAGGGAGAGAUGGAAAUGAUGAACCUUCAGAGAAAGCUUUGAAAGAACAUUCUAAAUUCUCUGUUACCUCUACGAAAUCGACACAGCAAAACCGUUCUUCCCAUUCUUCAUCUUCCAAGACUAGAGAGUCUUCCUCUUCUUCAAAGGCAUCUUCAGCAGCUCGGCUUAAUGGUAGUACUUCCGAGGCAACUGCUAAACCUUCGCUUUCAGGGACCUCCCAGAAAAAUGAAAAGCCUGGACAAUCAAUAAUGCAGUCAUCGUCUAAGAACCCUGUGCAAUCUAUAAUAUCCCUUACUCCAAAUCUGAGCGAUGAAGAGCUUGCGUUAAGACUGCACCAUCAGCUCAACAGUUCUCCUCGAGUUCCUCGUGUCCCACGCAUGAGACAGCCUGGUAGCUUGCCCCUGUCUCCAACCGCUACUAGUUUUAAGCGCACUUCUAGUUCUGGUAGCAAGGAUCACGCAACGUUUUCCAGAAGGAAAAACAAGGAUGCAUCAAAAGACGGUUUACGCAGUUUUCGUGAUGAUGAUAGAUGUAGUACGAGGAGUACCAAAACGCGUCACUCUCCUGAUUGGAGGACACAACAAGACAGUGGAAGCAGAGGGAGUUUUUGUACCAAAGGGGAAGAAAAUGAAACCCCGAAAACCUCUUACUCUUCUCGGAAAGUACUUCUCCCGCCAAACUCGACUACAAGCACAAGCAGCGGACCGAGUUCUUCCAACGACUUGAAUGAGCAUAAUAAGCCUUCUCCACACAGUUCUCCAAGGAAUAAUGGUACUCCAGUGCAUCGAACUUUGCCAGGGUUAAUCAAUGAAAUCAUGAGCAAAGGCAAGAGGAUGACAUAUGAGGAGCUCUGCAACGCAGUCUUGCCGCACUGGCCUCACUUGAGGAAACACAACGGAGAGAGAUAUGCCUAUUCAAGCCAUUCACAGGCUGUUCUUGAUUGCCUAAGGAAUAGGCAUGAAUGGGCUCGUCUGGUUGAUCGUGGCCCUAAGACGAAUUCAGGCAAAAAGAAACGGAGGCUUGAUGCAGCAGACGAGGAGUCAGAUGAGAACGAAAGCAGCAAAGGAGGAGUUAAGCGAAAUCAUCAAAAUCACUCUCAAGGAGAAGAGUUUCCUAAAGGCAAAAGGAAAGCAAGAAAACGAAGAAGGCUCGCUCUUCAAGGAAAAGGCAUCAAAACGCUGAGAAAGAAGAGAAACCAAGAAGAAGAAGUGAGCGAAGAAGACGAGGAAGGUGCGUUCUCGGACACAAGCGAGGAGAGUGUCUUCUGCGAAGAAGAAGGAGAAGAAGAGGUCCCCACCACUACUGCUGCUGGUAGAGAAGUCUCUGCUAGUAGCUCUGAGGAACCUCAAGCCACUUCAUGACUCUUCUCUCUCUUUUCUUUAUGUGAUAUAUAGAAGUGUAUAUGUGUAUGCAUUAUAUAGUUUUGUGUAUUUACUAAAAAGCUUCUCUUGUCGGGGAUCAGCCGAUCAGAGAUUUGUAGAAAACACAGAUAAUCGCCUCUUUUCUCAAUAUAGGCAAUAAUAAUAAUUUUUGUGCUUCUUUUAAAA